CAAUACUCGUUCUACAUCAUUAAAAAAAAACACUUGUUUUCUUGAAUUUGCAUAUUUCUUAUCAAACACUUUCAAUUCACAACAAAGAAAAUGUCUUGCUGUGGAGGAAACUGUGGUUGUGGAUCUGGCUGCAAGUGCGGCAACGGCUGUGGCGGAUGCAAGAUGUACCCAGAUUUGAGCUACAACGAGAGCACCACAACCGAGACUUUGGUGCUUGGGGUGGGACCUGAGAAGACAAGCUUCGGCACUAUGGAAAUGGGUGAAUCUCCUGCUGCUGAAAAUGGUUGCAAAUGUGGAUCUGACUGCAAGUGUAACCCCUGCACUUGUUCUAAAUGAACAAAUUAAAUCUUAUUUAAGCAGAGAUGGAUGUUUGCCUUUAUUGGCUAAGACAAAAAAUAACUAUAGUUUUAAAAAUGUCUAGUUUAUAGUUCUUGUGUCUGUUGAAAACAGGGGAAAUUAUGUGUUUUUUCCUCUCUAAUAAGAAAUAGUAUGGAGUCUGAACAAUGUUUGGGUUCUUGUUAUUGUAUACAAGUCGUUGUGUGGUUUGUAACAUGAGCAUCUCUGCUCCUGGUAUUUUAACCUAUGUUUUGGAAGUGGUGGUUGUUUGGUUUCAAGUAAUUGAAGAACUUACUUCCUUGUUAC